AUGGUAGAGGAGGAAAAAGCUACAUUCUAGAUUGUAGAACAACAAGAAGACCCUGAAAAUCCUAUUUUUAGAAGAUGGAAUUAAGUUAAUUUCUGCAAAAGACUGAGAGCAAUGAGAGCUCACAACUUAAAAAAUGAUCCGAAAUUUCAAUAUACAGUUAAACAAGAAUCACUACAAAGAAUCUAAAAUGGAUUCUAGUUUACUCUAAUUAGUAGCGUUGAUUAGAACAGUGAAUAUUAAUUCACAUUAAAAUCAACGAGCCAUGGAAUUCUUAGCUUUGAAAUAUAAGAUAUGAAUGAAUAAGUACCAAGGUUCAAGGUUAGUGAACAUGGACCAAUUAACAAUGGAAAGGAUAAAGUAGUAAGAGUCAAUUUUGAAGAGGCUCGCUUGCUUAACUUCUAAUUAAAUGAUAAUUCUCAUAAUCAAGAGUUGAUAGUAUCAUUUGAAACAAACUUAAACAUUCCUAACGGAGACUUGGUAUCGGAGGUGAAUGAAUCUAUGCACUUUGAAAAGCAUCAUUUUUACAUUAAGACUGAUAAAUUUAAUCUUUAGUAUAGACUAAAUGGAAAGCUAAUGCUAAGGAUUAAUGAACUUAAUCUUUUAAGUAUCGAUAGACAAAGAGAGUCUAAUUCCCCUCUUUUAACUGACUCUACUUAAUUUUGCGAUGAGGAUGAAAAUCUAUUUAUGGAACAAGAAUGGAAAGGCAUCAGAGAGGAAAUUCCAUCAGGACCCUAGGCUAUCAGCUUGGAUUUUAGUUUUGACUAUUUCGACAAAUUAUUUGGGAUUCCAGAAAGAAUCAAUACCUUUUAAAUAAAAUCUACAGUAUUACAUAAAAAAGAUAACGAAAGUGAGCAUGAACCUUAUCGCUUAUAUACUAGUGACCAUUUUAAUGACAAAUACCCCAAUCACUCCACAUAUGGAGCUAUUCCUAUCAUAUAAGGUAUCAAAGAGGGAACUUAGUAAAUGAUCGGACUGUUUUGGUGCAAUGCUUCUGAUACAUUUAUAGAUAUCAUUGAGACAUAGGACAGAAAAUAUCAUCAUUGGAUGAGUGAAGGUGGUCAUCUUUAGUUUUAUGUCUUUGCAGGAACUCAGCAAGCAGUAGUAUUUUACAAGCAAGCUAUACUUACUGGAUUCGCUCCUUUACCUCCAAUCUAUGCUCUUGGAUAUCACUAAUGUAGAUGGAAUUAUUUGACUCAACAAGAAACAGAGGAGGUAUCUGAUAAAUUUUUAGAAUACAAAAUACCUUGUGACUCAAUUUGGCUAGACAUAGAAUAUACUAAUGAAAAGAGAUUCUAUACUUGGGAUGAGCAAAAGUUUCCUGAACCCAGGAAAAUGCUUGAUAAACUGAUAGGAGAUGGAAGAAAAUUAGUAACCAUAAUUGAUCCUCAUACUAAGAUAGAUGAUGAGUACUUCAUUUAUUAAGAUAUGCAGAAAUUAGAUUUAGCUGUCAAAAAUAAAAAUGGGGAUGAUUACGAAAGUGAAUGCUGGCCUAAAUAAGCAGUAUGGUUUGAUUACUUGAAUCCUAAGACAAUUGAUUAUACAAUAGAACUCUAUACAAAAUCACCAUCUUAGAUAUAAAAUUAAUAAAAUUACAUAUGGACAGAUAAAAAUGUAUUGAUUUGGAAUGAUAUGAAUGAACCAGCAUGCUUUAAUAAUAAUGAAGGGACUAUGUCAAAAUCAAACACUCAGUAAUUGCCUAAUGGGGAGAGAGUAGAACAUAGAUUAGUUCACAACAUUUAUGGUUUCUCAAAUACCAAUGCCACAAUGCAAGGUAUGCUAGCUAGAACCAAUGGAUAGGAGAGAGUUUUUCUAUUAUCUCGAUCAUACUUCGCUGGAUCAUAGUAGCAUUAUGCAGCUGUCUGGACUGCUGAUUGCAGAUGUGAUUGGGACCAUUUUAACAUAACUGUCAAAUAAUUGCUACAAACAUCAAUUUGCGGAAUACCAUUUGUUGGCAGUGAUAUUCCAGGUUUUUAUGGCAAUCCGUAGGAUGAAGAAAUUGUUGUAAGAUGGUAUUAAAUGGGAGCAAUGAUGCCACUAUUCAGAGCACAUGCUCAUAGAAAAACUAGCAGAAGGGAACCAUGGGUAUUUACUCCUGAAACAAGAGAGAGAAUAAAGGAUUCUAUCAUACUGAGAUAUCAAUUCAUUCAAUAUAUGUAAAUGAUCAUUUAUAAUUUCAUUUUAGUUCUUAAUAAUUUUACCUACAUAACACAAGAGGAGAACCCAUUUUAAGACCAAUGUGGUAUAGAUACCCUAAUGAAAGAGAGGUAACGAAGGUAGAGAAUCAAUUUAUGUUGGGUAACGACAUAAUUGUAAGACCAGUAUUGGAAAAAGGAGCAACAGGGUAUGUUUAAGAUUUUCAUUUAUUAGGAUUCAAACAUGGUUACCAAGAGGGGAAGUUUGGUAUCAUAUAUUUACAUCAAAGAAAUAUGA